AUGGUCCAUAAGUUCUCCUCUUCCUCCAUGCAGGCCACCAGAGCAGCCUCACCAGGUCCUCCAGGUCUACCUCUUCUUCCUUCCAACUGUUCCAUCAAUAGUCCAGAAGGACCCCAAGGACCACGUCGUGUUCCUCCACCAAUCCCACCUCGGUCCAAGCUACGGGCACCUCAGAAGCCACCUCUAUCUCCAACAACUCGGGACAUUUCUCCAGGACCACCACGGUCCAUAACUCUGCCUCUUCCUCCGUGCAUGCCAACAGAGCAGCCUCACCAGGUGAAAACAGAGAAGUACAUUACAAAGGUUGAAGACACAAAGCCGGAAGGAUUACUUCAUGCAAAUUAUGACAAUGGCGAUGUGUCCCAGCCUACUGCCAAUACUGAAUUACCAUCAUGUCCAGGUACAAGUGACAGAGGUCCUCCGGGUCUACUUCUUCUUCCCGCGAACUGUUCCAUCAAUGGUCCAGAAAGACCCCAAGGACCACGUUGUGUUCCUCCACCAAUCCCACCUCGGUCCAAGCUAUGGGCACCUCAGAAGCCACCUCUAUCUCCAACAACUCGGGACAUUUCUCCAGGACCACCACGGUCCAUAACUCUGCCUCUUCCUCCGUGCAUGCCAACAGAGCAGCCUCACCAGGUUGAAGACACAAAGCCGAAGGAAUUACUUCCUGCAAAUUACGAUGAUGGCAAUGUGUCCCAGCCUACUGCCAAUACUGAAUUACCAUCAUGUCCAGGUACAAGUGAAAGAGGUCCUCCGGGUCUACUUCUUCUUCCCGCGAACUGUUCCAUCAAUGGUCCAGAAAGACCCCAAGGACCACGUUGUGUUCCUCCACCAAUCCCACCUCGGUCCAAGCUAUGGGCACCUCAGAAGCCACCUCUAUCUCCAACAACUCGGGACAUUUCUCCAGGACCACCACGGUCCAUAACUCUGCCUCUUCCUCCGUGCAUGCCAACAGAGCAGCCUCACCAGGUUGAAGACACAAAGCUGGAAGGAUUUCUUCCUGCAAGUUAUGACGAUUGCGUUGUUACCCAUCCUACUGCCAACACUCAAUUAUCAUCAUAUGCAGGUACAAGUGACAGAGAUGACACUCUGCAGGGUUCUUAG